AUGCAAAAAAAAACGCCAUUAAAUAGGUAGGUGGUUUUGGAAUGGUUUGAAUAGCCAGAUGAAGUAUUUGCUAAUGCUCUUCUGAGAAAUUAUUAAUUCACAUUCUCGAAAUUACCUGAGCAAGAAGAAAUAUAAUUAAUUUUAUGCUCAGUUGAAAAAGCUUACAAUAGCAAACGAGGGGCUUGGACCCCUUGUCAAGAUAAGUUUCUUAAUCUUGCCGUUUUGGGGAUAUGUCUGAGAUAUCAUGUUAAACCGGUUGAACUGGUAUUUAUAUUUCCUAUUGUUCUAGUCUCCAUAAUAUUGGGAAUAGAUUUCGAGGUUGUUUCGAUUUCAUAAUUGGAAAUCAUGCAGAAAUAGGUGGUUAGAAGAGUGUCACAAGAAAGCAAGUUGGACACCCUAAGAAGACAGAGUCUUAAAAGAAUUACAGUAAUUUAAACCAAAUAAAUGGUGCGAGAUAGCUUUGGAUUUGAUGAGGAUUUGUAAAACUCCGUAUGUUAGGUAAGGAAAAUAAUGUCGUGAUAGGUGGAUAAAUAAACUAGAUCCAAAUAUUGUCAAGUAGUUUAUAUAUAUAUAAUUCAAUUAGUAUACCUUGGACGAGAGAAGAGGAGCUUUUAUUGUUUAAGGAGAUUGAACAAAGAGGAAAGAAAUGGGCUGAAAUUUCCCUUUAAGUGUUUUAAUUGAAGAGGACAGAAAACACUAUCAAAAACAGAUAUUACAAUCUUUUAAAAUAAGCAGAAGCAAAAAUGAAAUUUGGAAGGAUAACAAAAGAAUUGAAAAAUAAAAUAUUGGUCGAUUCAGUCAUUCAUCAAUUAGAAACAUCUAUCAAUCAUUAACCCAAAUUAGAACAAGGUGAAGAAUAUUAAGUCAAAAAAAAUUGCCAAAUUCAUUUAUUUGACUUCAAUAACUAUGAUGACUAUGAAGAAGUGGUUGUCAUUUCUAAAGGAAAACUUGUUAAAUUAAAUGAUCAGUAGUGA